GUUCAUCCGUUUCUGCUAAAAGUCCAACUCGCUGACGAGUAAAAUCAUCUCUGACCUCCAACUAGCUACUUCUCUGAGCUUCUCUCAAGUUGCCACACAGAAGGGAUAGUGAUCUGAUCUGGUGUGGCACAGCAGGGGAGAAACCUUUGCUGAGACGCACUUCGCAGCCCACCAAACGCCAAAACCAGCCGGCCAGCAGCCCACCACUCGCGUGAACAACCGCAGGGAAGCGUAGUUCCCUGGCUGGCCGCGCGACCAAACUGGUGACAAUUCGAACUGUAAUUUUGGACCCUUGCAUCCGAUUCCCAGCAGCCCCAUCCGCGCGUUUGGGUUCUGUCCCAUCCUUCCCUAACCGUGUCAUCUAUUCAGCCAUGCGCAGGAUAUAGCUAGCCAUCAAAGAUCACGUCCAGAUCCCACACAGUUAGGCACGCGCAGUGGACUUGUAGCUUCGAUCCCGUCUGAAUCCUUGUCCGCUAUGAAGCUCAUGAAACUCGGCACUCGGCCGGACACCUUCUUCACCUCCGGGCCCGUCAGGUCUGUCCACACGGAGGUGACCACAGACCUGCAAAUCCAGGUGGAUCACUGCCUGUUUCGUCUCCACAAGUUUCCUCUGCUUUCCAAAUCCCUGCGUCUACAAGCUCUAUGCGCGGAGUCUGGCGCCGUCGAGCUGCCGGACUUCCCGGGUGGCGCGGAGGCGUUCGAGGCCUGCGCCAAGUUCUGCUACGGCAUCACCUUCACGAUCGGCGCGCACAACGUCGUGGCCGUGCGCUGCGCGGCGGGGCACCUCGGCAUGACGGAGGCUGCCGACCGCGGCAACCUUGCCGCCAAGCUCGACGCCUUCCUCGCCUCGUGCCUCCUUCGCCGCUGGAAGGACGCGCUCACCGUGCUCCGCUCCACCGGCCGCUACGCCACGGCCUGCGAGGAGUUCGGCAUCACGUCCCGGUGCGUGGAUGCCGUCGCGGCGAUCAUCACGGACCCCAGAAGCAGUGCCUCGGACACCGUGAAUCCAGCCAGCUCCUCGUCGCCGUGGUGGGCGCGUGACGUCUCCCAGCUCGGCGUCGACCUCUUCUGGCGCGUCAUGGUGGCCGUGAAGGCGGCUGGCACCGUCCACGGGAGAGCCGUGGGCGACGCGCUCAAGGCCUACGUGCGACGGUGGCUGCCGAACGGUGUCAAGAAUGGGUACCCUGUGGAGCAACCCGACGACGGCGCGGGCAACGUCGAGCUGAUCACCAAGAACAACGGCCUUCUGGUCGAGAAGAUUGUGAGCCUGCUCCCGGCCGAGAGGAACGCUGUCUCCUGCAGCUUCUUGUUGAAGCUUCUCAAGGCGGCGAACAUCCUGGGCGCCUGUCCCGCGUCCAAGGCAGAGCUCACGAGGAGGGUGGCGCUGCAGCUGGAAGACGCCAACGUGAGCGACCUCCUGAUACCGUCGGUCCCCGCGACGUCCAUUAGCGAGACGCUGUACGAUGUGGACGCGGUGAUGGGCAUACUUGACGAGUUCGCGCUGCGGCAAGCGGCAGCGGCUGGGAUCCCCGAGGCUAGCCCAGCGCGCGCGGGAACGCACCGGCGGUCGCGGUCGGUCGAGAGCGUAGAGUUCGACGGAGCGCGCCGGUCUACGUCGGCACCAGUGUCGCACGGCGCGAUGGUCCGGAUUGGGAGGCUGGUCGAUGGAUUCUUGAUAGAGGUGACCAAGGAUCCCAACCUGCCGCUGGACAAGCUGAUCGCCAUUGCCGAGGCCGUGCCGGACUGCGCCCGCCCCGAGCACGACGAUCUUUAUCGAGCCGUCGACACUUAUCUCAGAGUGCAUCCGGAGAUGGACAGGAGCUCGAGAAAAAAGCUGUGCAGGGUGCUCAACUGCAGGAAGCUCUCCGAGACGGCGUCCACGCAAGCCGCCCAGAACGAGCUGCUACCCCUCCGGGUCAUCGUGCAGGUGCUCUUCUUCGAGAACGCACGCGCCACGGCGCUGUCGGGCCCUGGGGCCAACAGCGUCGCCAACCAGCUGGGUGGUGGCGUCAAGGCGCUGCGAGCCAAGUCAAGAAUGGAGGCCGGCGGCGUGGAGGUCAAGGGUGAGCAAAGGCUCCGAGGCCUCGCCAGCGCGCCUGGCGAAGAUGACUGGAGCGUGGAGGGGCUGAAACGCGCGGCGUCGAGGACCUCGACGCUGAGGAUGAAGCUGGAGGAGGACGAGGACGACGAGGCGUUCGUGCACAGGGCGCACACUCGGCUAGUCCGGAGCGCGUCGUCGCGUGUCCGGGCGUUCUGCGCGAUCCCGACAGGGAAGCCCAGAUGGAUGCUGAGCAGGCUGUGGCCGUCGAGCAGAGCCAUCACUGAGAGGCAUUGAGAGACCUGCACGACAGCACCGCGGCGGCAAACAGAUCCGGCGAGCUAGAUGGUCAGGGCGGCUGUGCAUGUGUACAAAAGAAGUGGAAAGAACGUUGUAAGUUUGAUAUGCCAUACUCAGAGCAUUGGUGAUUGCUUGGAGACUCUUACGUAUUUUUUCCCAAAAAAACAUUGAUAUAUCAUACUGGUGCACAACUGCACAUUUGCCUGGUUUAA